GAAUUAUUAAUGCCCUAUUUUAAUGGGCCAGGGACGCAUGGACGCAUCCCAUAUAUGGAAGGGCAACAGUCUGCGACAAGUACCUCCUUGGGUCAGGAGCUUCUUUGUAGUCCUGUAGGCAGCCUGGGGAGGAAAAGGCAGGGUAGAGGGGAUGAGUGGGGUGGUUCUGGGGCUCAGCCCUGCACAAGUCCUAGGGUUGUGGCCUGGCUCCGGGCUGCGCCAGGGUCUCCAGAGCUUUGGUCCGCUCCUCUGGGACCUAGGGGCAGAGGUCAUUGAUGUGGAUUGGAGUUGGUAGCCUCGCCAAGGAGUGCUGAUUGUGCGGUGCUUGCUGUAGGCGUCUGGCGGGAACUCCCGGGCUUGAAACCCGACCUUGCGAGCUUCUGUGUCCGCCGGACUGGAAGCUGCAAAGACCCCUGCUUGGCUAUGACCCUCCACUGCCCAAGCAGAGUCCGGGUGCGCUAAUGACUGCACGGGGUGUGGCCUCAGCUGGGCGGCGACCCGCGGUCUCAGAGCUCGAGGGAGGAGCCAACUCUAGCCUUCCCCAGGGCCUUGGCUCCGUGGGGCGGGACCAGGAGGAGCGUGGGGAGGAGCCCGGGCUGCGGCGGCAGCGUCAGAGCGGUGCUCCCGCUGUCCAGAAGCUCAGACCUAGCUCGAGAGCCUAAGAUUAGCACCGGAGGCGCCUUUCCCGGGCUGAGGCUGCAGGACCAUGGCGGACAAGGAAGCUGGCGGUGGAGACGCCGGGCCCCGAGAAACGGCCCCCACAUCUGCAUAUUCAUCUCCAGCACGGAGUCUCGGGGACACAGGAAUAACACCUCUGUCCCCUUCCCACAUCUUGAAUGAUGCUGACCCCGUCUCCGAGCAGCAGACCUUUCUCGUGGUGGUGGCCAUCGACUUUGGGACCACGUCCAGUGGCUAUGCCUACAGCUUUACCAAGGAGCCGGAAUGUAUCCAUGUGAUGCGGAGAUGGGAAGGAGGUGACCCUGGUGUUUCCAACCAGAAGACCCCAACCACCAUCUUGCUGACACCAGAGAGGAAGUUCCACAGCUUUGGAUAUGCUGCAAGGGACUUCUACCAUGACCUGGACCCCAACGAGGCCAAGCAAUGGCUAUACCUGGAGAAGUUCAAGAUGAAACUCCACACCACAGGGGACCUCACCAUGGAUACAGACCUGACAGCGGCAAAUGGCAAGAAAGUCAAAGCCCUGGAGAUCUUCACUUACGCCCUACAGUACUUCAAAGAGCAGGCUCUGAAGGAGCUGAGUGAUCAGGCAGGGUCGGACUUUGAGAACUCUGAUGUCAGAUGGGUCAUCACAGUGCCUGCCAUCUGGAAGCAGCCAGCCAAGCAGUUCAUGAGAGAAGCUGCCUACCAGGCGGGCCUGGCCUCCCCGGAGAACUCAGAGCAGCUCAUCAUCGCGUUGGAGCCCGAGGCAGCCUCCAUCUACUGCCGAAAGCUGCGGCUGCACCAGAUGAUAGAGCUGAGCAGCAAGGCGGUGGUCAAUGGGUACAGCGCCAGUGACACAGUAGGAGCGGGGUUUGCACAGGCUAAGGAACACGUUCGGCGCAACCGACAGAGUCGGACCUUUUUGGUGGAGAAUGUCAUAGGAGAAAUCUGGUCCGAGCUGGAGGAAGGGGACAAGUACGUGGUGGUUGACAGUGGCGGAGGCACGGUAGACCUGACCGUCCAUCAGAUAAGGCUACCAGAGGGACACCUCAAGGAGCUAUACAAAGCAACAGGUGGACCCUACGGAUCCCUGGGAGUAGAUUAUGAAUUUGAAAAACUGCUUUGUAAAAUAUUUGGAGAGGAUUUUAUCGAACAGUUCAAGAUCAAACGCCCGGCAGCCUGGGUUGACCUAAUGAUCGCCUUUGAGUCUCGCAAAAGAGCCGCGGCACCAGAUCGAACCAACCCCCUGAACAUCACUCUGCCCUUCUCCUUCAUUGACUACUACAAGAAGUUCCGGGGCCACAGCGUAGAGCAUGCCUUGAGGAAGAGCAAUGUGGACUUUGUGAAGUGGUCCUCCCAGGGCAUGCUAAGGAUGAGUCCGGAUGCAAUGAAUGCCCUCUUCAAGCCAACCAUCGACAGCAUCAUCGAGCACCUCAGAGACCUGUUUCAGAAGCCUGAGGUAUCCACCGUCAAGUUCCUCUUUCUGGUGGGCGGCUUUGCAGAAGCUCCCCUUUUGCAGCAGGCAGUGCAGGCCGCCUUUGGCGACAAAUGCAGGAUCAUCAUCCCCCAGGACGUCGGCCUCACCAUCCUCAAGGGCGCUGUCCUCUUCGGCCUGGAUCCUGCCGUUAUCAAGGUGCGCCGGUCCCCUCUCACCUACGGAGUGGGCGUGCUGAACCGCUACGUGGAAGGGAAGCACCCUCCAGAGAAGCUGCUGGUGAAGGACGGCACACGUUGGUGCACUGACGUCUUUGACAAGUUCAUCUCUGCUGACCAGUCCGUGGCCCUGGGGGAGCUGGUCAAGCGUAGCUACACCCCGGCAAAACCUUCCCAGCUGGUCAUCAUCAUCAACAUCUACAGCUCUGAGAACGACGAUGUCAGCUUCAUCACCGACCCAGGGGUGAAGAAGUGCGGCACGCUCCGCUUGGAUCUCACAGGGACCAGCGGCGCAGCGGUUCCCGCCCGCAGAGAAAUCCAGACCCUUAUGCAGUUUGGGGACACUGAGAUCAAGGCCACAGCCGUUGACAUAGCCACCUCAAAGAGUGUCAAAGUGGGGAUCGACUUCUUAAAUUACUAGUGUAACUGUCCCUCCCGGCCACCAUCUCCCCCCUCCCCGGGACCCAUCUGCAUUUGCUGACCUCAUCCUUGACUCUUUUGUCCCUGACCUGACCCAUUGCCAUUACCCACCCUCAUUUCAGUAGGAAAAAAACCAGAGAGAAGAUCAACUAAGGAUUCCUUCUGAGGGUACAUUGGAGUGAGAAAGACUCAGAAGUCAAUUAUCACCAUUGAGGACCCCAGAGCAGCCAGCUUCCAUGGGUUCCUGAACGGUCAAACAGCCCUCAGAGAGGACUGGGUGCACCCUGCUUUGAAGAGGCCUCUGAAAGGGAGGGCUCAGGAUGCCCACUGCAAGCCAGGGGGCGGAUAUUCAUCAGAGAUCUUUUUUAAAUUAUCUUGGAUGGCCGCAGAUAGGAAAUACCAGACUCCCGCAGAGUUAAUUUCUUCUCUUUAUCCUGGGACUCACAGCGGUGACUCAGUGACAACUUACAGUAUUCUCUUUCUUUUUAAAGAUGGUGGGAGAGGACCGCCUACACCGGCACUGUUUCAGGUUCUCAUACAAUUUAGAUUCCAAGGAGGCUCAGUGAAGGCGAGGACAACCUUGGCUAACUCAACCAGGAUGGGGGUGGCUGUAAGAGUGUGGAUACCUUGAUUUUCCAGAGCAGGUAAAACUUGCUUUGGUGGAAAUGCACACUGGAGAGUUAGUGCCGUGCCCCAAAUUACAGCUGUCCCCUUUUUCUGGGGAGUAUACAUUCUGAGAUUCCUCAGUGGAUGACCAAAGGUGUGGAUAGUACCAAACCUUAUCUAUGCUACAUUUUUUCUAUACUUACAUAUCUAUGGUAAAGUUUAAUUUAAUAAAGUAGCAAGAGAGUAGCAACAGUAACUGGUGACAAAAUGGGACAACUGUGAAAACAACUCGUUACAAUGUAUAAAUGUGGUCUGUCUCAGUUUAUCUUACUACAGGACACCGCUGUGCGUUUUCAGACCACCAUUGACAGGGGCUAGUUGAAAACCCAGUAAAUAAAAACACUGAUCAGAAAGUAAUUCUCCAGAAUUCAGCUUGAGUUCAGAGGUCACACAUAAUGCUAGUGUUCUUAAUAGGAAUUUAAUUGGAGAAAAUGAAGUUUCUAUUUGUCCUGUUUAUACCUAUCACCACACCCGGAAAUCCAGAACAGGCCUCUGUCUUGCAAACCAUGCACAUUUUCAACUAACCUCUUCCUUCCUUUCUUCCUUCCCCCUGUUCUUUAUUCCACCAUAAGGAAACAUGAAAGGGAGUUCUGUUCCGUGAAAUGCCUCCAUCAAAUCUGCAGCUUUUCAAAUCCACCUAAAAAUAGUGUAUACCUAGACCUGGUAAAUGAAGCCAGGCCGGUGGCUCUCCGGCCUCAGAAUCGCCUGGUGCUCGUCGAGAGCAGUUCCUGAAACCUCAUCCCUUUUAAACAGCGGCCGACUCAGCAGGGACAGGGUCUGAAGUCUUAGUGUUGCAAUGUGAGGAUUCCCUCAGAGCUGAAGUGACCACAGACCACCACGCUGUGUGUGGCCUUAACAAUCCCUGUCAGAUUUCCCUCAGGGAAGAGUGCGUGUACCUACACUGCGCCCUCUAGAUAAGGGGGUCAGAGACCCACCUGCCAUUUUAACCCUCCCAGGAAGGAUCAGAGAAGAAAAAAAGAAGGCAGGAGAGGAGCCAUGACAAAGAAACCUCCCAAGGGGCCAGCCAGUCUCUGCGUUCUUCCCUCUGUGCAAGGUCAGUCAACGUCAGGAGCCAAAUGAGGACACAGAAUCAAGAAUCUGUCCUCUUUGUCUGUUCAAAAUUGUCUUUCUCUACUGAUGGAAUUCACCCCGAUUUCAAGUCACUGGGAGCAUGCAUAAUGAAUGGAUGGACAGACAGACAGACAGACGAUGGACAGACAGACAGGUGGAUAGGUACAGAAUGAGGGAAGGGACUUCAAAUGUAAGCUGGAUUUGUGAACCAUCAUCCUAGCCAAUAUGCAGAUCUCAAAUAGCACUUUGAAUUUCAACCUGUUGUCUCCUUUUCCACACCGCUUACUGCAGAACCCCCUGCUAGAAUGUGAGAGACACUAUCAAACCUCGGAACAAGCGAGUGGGAGCCCCCGGACCUCAGGAUGCCUGCCUUCUAGGAUUCCCGCUAACCCUGCUUCGGAAGCUCAUGGGUGUCGCUUCGGUGUUUGCAGCCACAGUCCUCAAAUAGACUUUCAAUUUUGUUAUAAUGGAUAUAAUUUUUAUGUACAUAGAACACUAGAAUCUUGUACAGAAUCUUUAUUUCUACUUGCGCUUGUCUGGAAAGGAAGAUACUCUUAAUUUUGGUUAAUAACACUGCUGCUUGUAGGCUCCACAGUUCAUUUCUUAACUGUUCUCCCUGGUUGCUGUCUGCGCUGUUACCAUGCAGUGGACUAUGUAUGCAAGACUGAGCAAUAGACAGAGGUGCCUUGGGUCAGAGUCUUCUGACCACACAGACUAUCCAUUGAACAGCUUCACCAGACCCCUCCACCCCCACACACCCUACCCAAAGCUGAGCAGUCUCUGCCUAGAGAGUAAUGUCGCUAUUCUCCCCUCCAGACUUUGAGAACUGAACAUACUGGUCCUGGAAGCAGUGCCUCCAGAAACACUUUGUGUCUGGCGUGGCGACAUGCUUCCUGAUUAGAGGAACCAAGCGGCCCAUGGGCCAAGGUUUCCAUUGGGUUGAAUGAGUGGGAGCAGUGUAGUCAAGCCCUUCUUUUCCUGGCUAACGCAAAGCACUUCGUACCUUAUGUCAGUCUAGAUCCUUGCCUCCUAUGUUGCUUAAAUGAGCUGGUAGGAAUCUGCACUAUUAGCAAACUGAUGAUGAUGGGGAAGGGGGUGUGAUUUCACUGGACUUCCUUCGGGCCCAGAGAUACAGUCCCAGUGGCCAAACUCUUUUAGUAAAGACCUUCAAUCUGUCCCUACCCCGACUGAAGUAAUCCUACAAGGAACACUGGAUGAGUUCACCCGGAACACAUUUCCCAGUCCUAGGAAGUUCCAGAAGGUCUGUGGCCUUCACGGAUUGUCCUUUGCAUAGGUUAUCUGGCCACUUAAUGGCAUUUCCUGUACACAGCAGGCAUUCAUAAAUGCAGAGUGAUGGACCAGCAACAGGCAGUAGGAAAGAGGAGGUGCUACAGAAGAGGUUCUGGGGAGUCAUGGCUGAGUCCAGGUUACAGGGCCUGCCCCACCCUUAGAAUGUUACUUAGACCAAGUUUAGCUUUUAGAGUCCAGGUCUGGUUAAUUGCCAGGGUAGCAAGGAAUUGCAUGCACCAAUAUAAACAAGAGUCAAAAUGCAUUAUUACUCGAAGAUUGAGUUCCACAUUGUAGCGAUGUAAUAGUUGUGACUAGGCUGCGCAGUUACGUAUGCUGGGGGAUGGCUUUAAGUGGAUGGCUAGUAUCAAACUUGUUGGCCAUAAUAUCUCUUAAUGCCCCUCAUCUGCUUGCAAUAUGGAACAGUAUCCUAAGAUCUUAACCACUGGGAGUCUUGUUCAUCACAAGAUGGAUCCAAACUUCACAGAAGAACUUUGCAGCAGUUCACAACUAGACAGGGUUGUGUCUGCAAACUCUGUCUUCACAGAUUCUAAUAAAGUAAAUCUCUCAAUUU